ACCAGUUCCUGUGUGCUCAGUCCAGCUCUGCACAGCCCCUCUACUAUAGAGCCUCCUUGGCACUGGAUUUGUUCAUUGCUUUCUCAUAUUGGAAUUAUUACCCCCCAUUUAUGAAAAUGAGAUAUCUUCCUGUACUGCUCUGGGUUUCCAGUUUGUUAGGAUUUACCUGGGGAACUGGAUUCUUGUAUCAGUUCCCAGCAUCCACUCUGCAGCACAACUACCCUGACCAAAAUUCAGCCUCCGCAAGUGCAGGUUACCCAAAUCGCAGGAACUGGUGUCAGUUCACAGUAACAAAAACAGUUACCUGUCAAGUUCAGAAUGGAUCUGAUACUGUCGUUCAGAGAGUGUACCAGAGCUGCAGAUGGCCAGGACCCUGCACAAAUCUUGUGAGGACUGUGAUGAGACCCUUAUAUAAAACGUCAUAUCGUACAGCCACAGCUUUGGAGUGGAGAUGCUGCCCAGGUUUCACAGGAAGUAACUGUGAUGAAGUUUAUGACUUCACAUUUGAAGUUCUUCAUUUGGUGCAAUUUCCAAGGAUGUCAUCUCAGUGUGUGUCCAUCAAAUAA